GUAAUACAAUUAAUGCUGUGAAAUCUUCUGAUACCGUCCUCAGUCAAGCAUAUCGUACACAGGCCGUCGUUUCGGGCCUCUGCCUCCGGCAUUCUUAUCCGCCAUUCACCAUGAUUUGAGCCGAAUAGCUUCACUUCGGUUUCGCUCACCGCCCACGUGCACACCAACAUCACUUCAAUAACAAGCAAACAACUUGCUCGAACUUAAAUUCGCACCCACACGCACCUUCCUCGACUCUUUCAACUCGUGCAACACAGCGAUUCAACCCCUCCCCACAACCACUUUCCCCCCCCCCCCAUGGCGCCCGCCGAUUCCCCCUUCACCGAUUACUACAAGAUUCUGCUCAUAUCAGUGGAUGCCACCGACGACGAGAUCAAAUCGGCUUUCCGCCGCCUUGCGCUCAUCCACCAUCCCGAUAAACAGGUGAAAAAACCCCAAAACGCCAACGACAAUGCUGCCUCGUUUCGAAAAAUUCGCGAGGCAUACAGCAUUCUUAUUGACCCCAAUCUCCGCCCAGCACCAUUCCAAGAUCAGACACCCUUGAAGCCCUUUCCUUCGCGCAAAAAGACAAACUCGGGCGACUGGGCCAAACAGUUCGGCGAAAAAUACGUCAAAAGCAAACAUAAUGAUUGUGAAUGCCCAAACGACAGCGACCCGGAGACCGAAUGGGCUGAAGCGAAAGCAUGGUCCCGUGACUUCGACAAGGACCAACAGGACAAAUCUAACAGUGCUUCGAGUGCGAGAGAGACGUUCAGCCCGGAGCAGUUCGCUGAAUUCCCAUUCCCCAAUCUGCCGUCUACGGGAUUCCCGCCCCGUCAAUAUGCUGGUUUCGCUGCCUUCGCUGCUGGAGAUGGCGGUUGGGAUUCAUUCGGCGUACACAAGAUGUCGCAUAAGCUGGCCGUGAAGAUGCAGGCACUUGAAGGAAUUCCCGAGGACUGUAACGUUCCUCCACCACAAUGGGAGGGCGGGCUUGGCGGUUGUGUAUGCAUCUUCUGUCCUCAAAGGUCCUUCACCUACGACUGCAAGUGCUGCCCUGGCUGCGGUGCUUUAGCUUGUGCAAAGUGUUUGACGAAGAUUUCCGAGCUUGCUGAUCAAUAG